UGACACUGCUCUUCCCACCUCAACAACAACAACAACAACGUCAAUUACUUUCUCUCUCUCUCUCUAAACCUUUUCUUUGAAUAUUAUUAAUUAAUCGAAAAUGCCUGCAAUCGCUUUCGGCCGAAUCGACGACUCCUUCAGCUUCGCCUCCAUCAAGGCCUACAUCGCCGAGUUCAUCUCCACCUUGCUCUUCGUCUUCGCCGGCGUCGGCUCCGCCAUUGCUUACAACAAGUUGACUUCUGACGCCGCCCUCGACCCGGCGGGCCUGGUGGCGGUGGCCGUCUGCCGUGGACAGAUCACCAUCCUCACCGGCAUUUUCUACUGGAUCGCUCAGCUUUUGGGCUCCACUGUCGCUUGUUUCUUGCUCAAAGUCGUUACCGGAGGAUUGGCUAUUCCAACCCAUGGUGUGGGCGCUGGUGUUGGAGCCAUUGAAGGGGUAGUUAUGGAAAUAAUCAUCACAUUUGCAUUGGUCUACACCGUCUACGCCACCGCAGCCGAUCCCAAGAAGGGCUCAUUGGGUACUAUUGCGCCCAUUGCCAUUGGGUUCAUUGUGGGUGCCAACAUUUUGGCUGCAGGCCCAUUCUCCGGUGGCUCCAUGAACCCGGCCAGAUCCUUCGGCCCAGCUGUGGCCGCCGGCGACUUCUCCGGCCACUGGAUUUACUGGGUCGGCCCACUCAUCGGAGGCGGCCUGGCCGGACUCAUCUACAGCAAUGUGUACAUGCAGCACGAGCAUGCACCACUUGCCAGCGAUUUCUAAAUUUGUUGAUCGAUCGAGGGGUGGUUCUGCAAUUUCCCAUUUGUUUGUGGUCCAAAAUGCAAAAUCCUUUUAGAUUAGGGGGCUUCCCUUUUGUUUUCAAUAAAAGGAAGGGGAAAUUAUUUUCUUUUCUUCCUUUUCCUUUUUUAUUUUUAAUUUAAAUUUGGUUUGGGGUUGUAAAAAUCCAUUUUCUUGGUGUAAUGAAGGUGGUUGCUUUGUGGAAUGAUUGAGGGAUUUGUUGAGGAUUGCAGCCAUUAUUUGGUUUCAAUGGAUGCUUUUGGUUA